AUGAGACAGGCGCCGUCGAGGAAAGGCGACAGGCGCUCAACGGCAUCCAGCAGGAACGUCUUCGUUGCGCUGGCCCUCGCGUCGCAGCUCCCAACCGCCAAUGCCAUCGUCUUCCCAAGCACACAUCCGAAUUACAAGACCGACUACUUGUCACUGAACAAGCGUUACAACCCCGCCAGGCGAGGCCCACCUGAGGAUUGGAACGGGAGGAUACCCUUGAAGAUCACAAACACAUGUUCAGAACCGAUCUGGCCUGGCAUCACGACGCAGCACGGCGUCGGCCCCGGCACCGGGGGUUUCGAACUUGGCGCGGGUGAAAGCCGGGACCUGUGGGUCGGUCCAACAUGGCAAGGCCGAGCGUGGGGAAGAACCAAUUGCACUGUCAAUGGGGAGUCGGCUGGUUGCACAACGGGCGAUUGCUUCGGAAAGCUUAACUGCGAGUUCAGUGGCGCCGUUCCUGCAACACUAGCCGAGUUCAACUUGGCUGGCGGCGUUUCUGGGAGACAGACCUUUUACGACAUCUCCCUCGUCGACGGCUACAACAUCCCCGUGGGCAUCAAUUACAUCCCCGCCGACAACACCUCGUACAUUCCGCCAAAUCUGACCAAUUGUGCCUGCAUCGCCACGGCCGGUCUUUUGUCAAAUACCGCAGCGAGUGGUACUGUUUAUACCAACUCCACCUACCCCGUCCCGUGGGAACCGACCGAGACGAAUAACAGCGCUCGAGAUUGGUGUCCUUGGCCCCUUCUUUCCAUGCCACCGGAGAAGCCUGGUGAUGGUGUCUAUCCUUACCCCGAUGACAACAUCAUGCGUCCCGACUUUAGCCCGUGCAAGAGUCAAUGUGCCGCCACCAACUCAGAUGAGGACUGUUGCAUAGGAUCGUGGCACGACCCCAACAAGUGCAAGCCGGGGUUGUACUCGAAGCAUGCCAAAUCGAUUUGUCCGGACGCUUACAGUUUCGCCUUUGAUGACCAAACAUCGACUUUCAUUAUCCCAUCCGGCGGCGGCUGGGAGGUCGUCUUUUGUCCGGCGGGGAGGAGUACCAACAUCCUUCGCACCAUGGGACCCCAACUUUUCGAGCUUGCGAGCGCCGGAUACUUGAGCCAGAAGAACUUGGAUCUGGUUAAGAACCUCUCCUACAUAGAGUCGCAGAGUGAGAAGAAUGCCGCUCCGGGUGUGGCGUCCAAGUCGGCAUGGGCCGUCUGUGCAGCGGCUGUAACCGCUCUGCUGAUGGCUAUCUGA